AUGGGAAAGUUAAGGAACGUGGACAUCCGCUACGAAAGACAGCCAGUUUUCGCUGGCUCUAGGGUCAUUGGAAGCAUUAGCUUUGACCUAAAGGAGGAAUGGAGACUGGAGGCCAAGGACCUUACGCUUUCGGUAACAGGAGAGGCGAAAGUUAAGCUGGGAGCAAAUGCGACCAGUCGUAAGUGGCUUUUACGGGAAUACAUCCCGUUCACCGUCUACCUCAUGCAGUACGAAUACUCAUUGCCCGCCGGACACCAUCAGAUCCAAUUUAGCUUCCUGGUGCCUGCUCAUCUGCCGUCGUCUUUCGGCGGAAAGUACGGUUACGUCUAUUAUUCCUGUUCUUUGAAUAAAGAAUUUUGCAAACGUUUUCUGGUGAUUGGCAUCGAAGACCUCAACUGGUACCCGCUGGCCAGGCAUCCAGUCAACUUUACGAUAAUGUUCUCUACAGGCCUAGAAGGGGAUUACGCCCAUUUAAAAUUUAAUCCGUCAAUCAGUCAGGCGCAAAACUGUUUGAAUUUCUCCCCUAAAUUUAUUGCCGAUUUAUGUGCUGACGAUGGUUGA